AAAUACGUCCUGGAAUAAUUGUGUUCCCUGGAACCAAAUCUUAUGAAGUGUCCAAGGAUGAGAGAUUCUGUGAAGGCAGUGUGGCCGCUGCACUGGCUCCUUCUGGCCUCCGUGUUGGUCGUCUGCUGUGAGCUGAUGUCCGCCUCCAGCCUGCACCCCCGGGGACUCGCAGGUCAGCAUCAAGUCAAGCAGGGGACCUGUGAGGUGGUUGCUGUGCACAGGUGCUGUAACAAAAACCACGUAGAAGAGCGAUCACAAACAGUCAAGUGUUCAUGUUUUCCGGGACAGGUUGCCGGCACCACUCGGGCUCAGCCUUCCUGUGUUGAAGGUCACCCGGUAGCAAAGGGAGGUGUUUCCAUCUCGGAGGAGCGACAGCAGGCAGAGCUUGCUUGGGUCACCGUCCUGGCCUCCUUGUGGGAAACUGUCUUGGAUUUCAGCAACUUCAUCUGGGCCUAUGUGUGCUGCGAGGAGUGCACUCAGUUUCCUGCCUCUGCCCCCUCUCUGCUUCAUCAUUUUGUUACAUUGAAUUGUGACAGGGGCUGCUGCACAAGUGACAGCCUGCUGGCGCUCUGGGAACGCACCUCCACGGAGCCCGGGGAACGAGGAAUGCACCAGCCGCGGAAUGGGCCGCCCUGGAGGACGAGCGGCCUUUACAAAGGAAUGUGGAUAUAGGUUCCGCUCAGCCUCCUCUCUCCUCUUUGACCUGUUCCGUUAGCCCUUGCAUUAAAGUGGUUUG